AUGAAGCCUCAAUUCAAUGUUGCUGUGGCUCUAGUUAUUAGUAUGCUCUGUAUUCAGCAUUCAUUUUGUGAUGAACCUUCUGAUAUUGGACUGAAAAAGUGGCAAUGUAGAUGCUCUUCAUUACAAGGGAACCAGAUAUACUCUCCUGCUAAUUGUUCCAAGUCAUGUGAUUGUCAUCCAGAUGCGGAACAGAGUGCAUCCAUAUGGACAUGCGUAUGUGAUUCGAAUGGGUUUCCUGAAAUUUCAGCAGAUGGCCAUAACCUUAAUUGUUUUAAUGCCUGCAAUUGCACCUGGGGAACUUUCAGGAUGCCACUAGGUUCAAAGACACAAAUUUCGAGCAAGAUUGUAGUAGUUAUUCUAUCAAUAUGUGUGGCAUGCACCACUAUUGCAUUUCUUGCCUCAGUUGUAUGUCAAGUCUGCCGAAGGGAGAGAUGUCCUAUUCAAUCACCAAUGAUCUCAUCAGAUAGAGAAUCAAGUUACAGUAGCACCACCAACUUAAUUAGUCAUAAGACUUCUUCGGUGCUAGAAACAAAAGUUGUUAUAUAUUCUCCUAUUAGUCAUAUUACAGGAUGCUUCCAGAAGUCCUCUUUGUUGUUUGGUGGCCAAAGACAAACCUUUCAUGGAAAUAUCAUUCAAUUUUCAUUUGCUGAACUGGAAUAUGCCACAGAAAACUUUUCAACUUCCAAUCUAACUGGACUAGGUGGAAGCAGUUAUGUAUACCGUGGUCAGCUGAAAGAUGGUAGUAAUGUGGCAGUCAAGAGACUAAAAGAUCAAAGAGGGCCUGAGGCAGACUCUGAAUUUUUUACAGAGAUUGAACUAUUAUCUCGACUUCAUCAUUGUCAUCUGGUGCCAUUGGUGGGAUACUGCUCAGAAUUAAAAGGAAAAAAUGUUCAAAGGUUGCUAGUCUUUGAAUACAUGACUAAUGGAAAUUUGAGGGACCGCUUAGAUGGAGUUUUUGGGAAAAAAAUGGACUGGUCAACUCGAGUUAGAAUUGCAUUAGGAGCUGCAAGGGGCUUGGAGUAUCUUCAUGAAGCAGCUGCUCCAAGAAUUCUGCACAGAGACGUCAAAUCAACAAACAUUCUUCUGGACAAAAAUUGGCAAGCAAAAAUAACUGAUCUUGGUAUGGCUAAAAACUUGAGAGCUGAUGACCACCCCAGUUGUUCAGAUUCUCCAGCAAGAAUGCAGGGAACAUUUGGCUAUUUUGCACCUGAGUAUGUAAUUGUUGGGAGAGCCUCUCUUGAGUCUGAUGUCUUCAGUUUUGGAGUGGUUCUUCUUGAGCUUAUCAGUGGUCGGCAACCCAUCCACAAAUACGCUGGAAAAGAACAAAGUCUUGUUAUAUGGGCAACUCCUCGCUUAAAGGAUAGCAGGCGUGUAAUAACCGAGUUGGCUGAUCCACAAUUGAAAGGAAACUUCCCAGAAGAAGAGCUGCAGAUAAUGGCGUACUUAGCUAAGGAAUGCUUGCUGUUGGAUCCUGACACUCGGCCAACGAUGAGUGAAGUUGUUCAAAUUCUUUCCAGUAUCACCCCAGGCAGAUCUAGAAGGAGAAGAAACUUUCCUGUGAGCCUUUUUCAGGAACCGGAGGACUUGGAGAAUCCAAGCCAGGCUCCAUCAUGUAUAUUUCCAUCUUGUAACUUAUUGCCAUUAGGUGUUGAUCACAGUCUUAAUGUUGGGAAUGAAAAUAAAGACGUCCAUACAGUUUCAACUGAGCAUAUGGAGAGUUCAAAGGGUGAGAGCUGGCAUGCAUCAGAGGAGGAUAUGAUAGACUUAACUGAGCCUCGCGUGGCUCAGUUGACAACAACAAGCUUGGCUUUAUUCCUGCAGAACGCAUCCCUCACGGGAGAGUGA